UCCCCGCCUGAGAGUGGAGCUUCUCCCUCCGCGCCCGCAGCGCGCCCAGGAACCUCACCGUGCCAUCGUCCGGCCGCUCCUUCUGUCUCGCCAGACCCGGCCUGGGCGCGGCUCCCUGUCUCCCUUUCUGUGCCUGUGCCGUCGCGGGCGCCACGGUCUGUCCACGCUGGGGUCCGACGGGCUGGGGGCAGCUGGAUCGGGAACCAUGAAGGUCCCGGGAGCCGUGCUCCGCGAGGGCGAGCUUGAGAAGCGCAGCGACAGCCUCUUUCAGCUGUGGAAGAAGAAGCUUGUGGUGCUGAGCACCGACCGCCUGAGCCUGUUUCCCGACGGCCCGGCGGCGGCCCGGCGAGGCGCGCGCCCUAAGGAGCUGCGCUUCCAUUCCAUCCUCAAGGUGGACUGCGUGGAGCGCACCGCCAAGCACGUCUACUUUACCAUCGUCACCAGGGACCGCAAAGAGAUCGACUUCCGCUGCCCCGACGAGAGCUGCUGGAACGCCUCCAUCACCAUGGCGCUCAUCGACUUCCAGAACCAACGCGCCAUCGAGGAUUUCAGGAGCCGGCAGGAGCUGGAGCGGGAGCGAGAGCGGGAGCAGGUGGGGCCCCCUGAGCGCCGGCUGGCCCGCGCGCCCUGAGCCUCCGCGUCGGCCCAUCCGGCCCGACCUGACCCAGAGAGACCCAGAACAUUCUGGCUGGACCUUGAUGGGGACCUUGUCUUGCACUGAAAGGGCCCCUGGAGGACCCGUGAAGGAAGAGGUGCUGAAGCGAGAGCCAGAUCUCCCUGCCAGCAGGGAGAGCCCCACCCCACCAUGCUCCCCUGGGCUCUGCCUGACGCCAGGCUUGGGGGGGGCGAAGUGGAGCCAAAGACUUUCCCACCAGGGUUUGGGAGCCAGCAGCCGGUUCCUGGGGCCCGCGGUGCCACCGAGACACCUAUUUAUAAGUUGUGAAGACUGUGGCAAUCCGCUCCCAGAGGGUUGGACAGUGCUUAAGUUAUUUGUAGUAUCUAUAUAUUUGUAUUUAUUUCAGUGACUAGUUGGCUUCAAACAUUCUGUUUUAAUAUUUUUUUUCAUAAUGUGUCCAUUCCAAAUAAAUUACUUGCAAUGUUCACGUUUCUA